AUGGCCUAUGCCGCCAACUUUGAAUUUGGUUUAGUGUUUUUACUCUUUUUCAAGUUCGUUACUUUCAGAAAGGGCACUACUUUCCCAUUCCUCUUUUACAUUGUCUUCAUUAAGGCUCGUUAUGACCAGUCUUACUAUAUGAAGUCGGCUGUCAAGGCUUGGGAAGUUAAGAUUGAUAGUGUCUUUGCUAAUCCCAAUAUCCCUGCUCCUCUCAAACAGGCGUGGGCUCAAGUCAAGGAUGUCGUCAAACGUAUUACUAGUGCUGUCACUAUUGGCAAGCCCGUAGCUCCUAAGAAACACUCUUAA